UUGAACUGUAUGAGGACAUGAGAAAAGCAAACAACCAACCCAGUGUGGGAAAUCAAUGGGGUUAGAGACAAAAGCUUUAGGAUAUAAAAAAGAUCCUCUUACUACACAAACAUGAGACAUGCAUUACAUACCUUCAAACAAUACUUUAUAACCUAUAAACCAAUAUACAAGACAAGCCAGAGACUGUCCGCCACAGAGCCCCGAGCUCCAUUUUCAACGUCUGGGCUCCAGGUGAGCGAAACUUCCCCUUUUCUGUGGGACUGGGAGUGGAUUUUGUUUUCAUACACGUGCAUACACCGGCUACUCAGAUGUAGGACUGUGAGAGACUGUGAUGGGGGAGAGGACGGCAUCUUAUCAGCCAGCUCCAGACCGGCAGAGCCCGUCAUAUCCGAAGUGGAAAUACACAGGGCUUCCAGUAACAGGCCUCGCCCAUGGAGCUCUAGCCACAGGAUAACAGCCAGUGUCGGACCUGGACCACAGCCCGAGCAGCAGCAUGCCAGAGUCCGGCUCUGCCCUCUGUCUGAUCUCGCGUUUCUGCAGACCCACAGCAGAUUGUUUAUUUUGCUAGACAUGGAGGAAACAUGGAUGGACCCUUACGCCGGCUGGAGAUUUACUGCCGAGCACCAGCCCGGCUCCAGUGUGAUGUCUAUCUGUGGCAGGGCCCCCUAUAACAGCGAGCUUAGUAUCCUUUUCACCGGUGACACAUCACAAAGGACAAUGGGAUUGUCUGCCUGGGGAAUGCAACGUUAGAUGAUCAUAUCAGUUGAUGCAUGGUAUUGUGCAUGCAAAUAAUCCACUCAUCCCACUAAUUGUGGAUACUGGGGGCACAGAUCAUUCAAUAAACCAUAUACAGCAAUAUCCUGUGACGGACGAAGGACAACCCCCCCCCCCACAACUGACCCUUUCUUAUGUCUUCUCCAGGGUAAGCGAGAUGAAGCAGGAAAAGAACACCACAUCUCCCCAGGGAUCAUUUCUGCUGAAAUUUAUGAGGCCUCUCUGCACCACUGAUGUCCUCUUGUAAGUGGUGAGAUCAGGGUAUUAGACAAAAAUGGCUUUGGGAGACUCAUAUCUCAACAGAAAAACAUCUCUCUGCUCACUUUAUUAAGUACAUUCAGUGUAUUUAUGUGUUCUAAGUGGCUGCAUUGAUUACAGGUCUGAAAGCAACAGCAGUUUAUAAUGAAUACAAAGCACCCUCUUCUUCUUUUUUUCAACACUUUGGUAUAUAUAGGUUAUUCAAGUGCUAAUACACUGUGGUCUAGCGAUUCAGGAAAUGC